GAAACCACGCCUUUUCGGUCGUCAGUACUUCAGAACAGACGUACAAAGGAGUAGGCUUCCUCCUCAUCCAUGCGACAGUGCCUGCAGACUUUCAGUCGGCCAGUGAGAACUGGUGCAGGGACUACCAGAACCUCUGUGCGGAGUACGAUAAGAGACCGACGGGUACUGGAUUGGAUGGAACCCUAGGUUGGGACAUGUCGUGGAAUACCAGAGCUGGCAGCUGCGUGACUGGUUACGGCUCAGACCCCUACAUCAACAACGUGCUCGGUGACGAGUCUCAGUCGCCGACUGAGGACAUAAAAGCGAUGGUGGUCCGGGCUCUAGGAGUCCAAGAUUCGUAUGCAUAUGGUAGAUGUUUCGGCUUUCUGUAUUGUGACCCCGGCGAAUGCCACCGUGACCUAGCCGGCAUCUCGUUCAGUCUUCACAGUACAUAUGCCGCAGUCAACGACCCGGGUCACGACCGCACUGUGUUCACCGUGUGUACAGGCAAAUUAGGCAAUGAUGCAUGCAAAACAGCAAACGGUGGCUGUGCGGAUGUCUGUAUCCACACUCAGAUCGGCACCAGGUGUCUCUGCACACAGCCAGGCUUCAGACUCAUGGCAGAUGGUCGUGGCUGUGAGGGUGAAAGACCCUACAAGUGUGACCGAUGUGGCUAUGCUGCAGCACAGAAAGGAACUUUGGACAACCAUAUAGCAGCAAGACACACAGGCGAUAAACCCUUCAUGUGUGGGGAGUGUGGAUACAGGACUGCUCGGAAAUCUAGCCUAUCUGGACAUUUGAGAACGCAUACAGGAGAAAAACCCUACAAGUGUGACCAGUGUGGCUAUUCUGCAGCGAAUAAAUCCACUUUGAAAAACCACCUAGUAAUUUAUACAGGUGUGAAACCAUACAUAUACGGGGAGUGUGGGUACAGAGCAGCUCAGCAGCUGGUUUGUCCUACCAUAUGA